UUCAUAAACAAACCUGUCACGUUUUUCAGAGAAAACCGGAAGUGGCGGACUCAUCGUUUGCGGAUCAAAACAAAAACACAUCUGUUGGCUCGUUGUUUAUUCUGGCCGUUAAAGCCACGUGACCGACAUGGAGGGGUAGAACGCGCCGACAGCUCGUGCUAGCUUUAUUACCCUAGCUUAGCUUAGCCAGUUAGCUUAGCUAGCCCCUAGCUGUCCCGUCCAUGGCGUCCCCGGCGGGGCUCCAGACACUCGGCCCGGAUCGCGCUGCCUCAUCCUCCGGCGGCGGGAGGCCACCCCUCCGGCCCCUUCAGCCGCCCCCGGGUCCCUCCGCGCCGGGCUGCCUGAUGGUGGAGUCGGUGGACGACGCGGAGGGUCUGUACGUGGCGGUAGAGCGGUGCCCGCUGUGCAGCACCUCCCGCCGCAGGCUGACCUGCGCCCGCUGCGUCAAGGCCGGAGACUUCGUGUCCCUCGACGGGAGGAACGCCGAGAGGUACAUUGAAAAGUUGGAGCGACUGAAGAAGCUGAAGGAAGAAAAGGAGCAGCUGCAACGAAGAGUCCUCCAGGACAUGGACAGGAAGCAGCAGGCUGAUGAGAUGAAAUGGAAGAUCAUGUCGUGUAAGAUGAAGAUUGAGCAGCUGAAGGAAGCCGUCGCUGGGGGCAACGAGGAGGUAAAGGCUGAUAAGGAGCUCCUGCUGCGCUGCCACGAGGAGAGCCAGCGGCUGCAGCGCCGGGCCGGACGUCACCAGGAGAAACGGGACAAGAUCGAGCGGCACAACGGGCGCCUCGGGGACCUGCUGGAGAGACGCAGCCGGGAGCUGCAGGGACGCCUCGGACAGCUGGCGGCUCUGAGACGAGACCACAUCCUGGAGCUCACCACCCACAUCUUCCACACCCAGGAGGACAAGCAGGGCAGCAGAGACCCCGCGGACGUGGUGGCGGAGUGCGACCCCGCGUUGACCUCCAGCACGGUGAGCGAGCUGGCCGAAGCCCGGAGGACCACCUACCUGUCGGGCCGCUGGAUCUGGGACGACCAGAACGGAGAGACCAGCAUCAGCAUCACGGGGCCUCCUGUCACCCUGCCCAGCAACGGGGACUGCUCCGCCUACUACAGCUGGGUGGAGGAGAAGAGCACCAACCAGGGCCCAGAGCUGGACCACAUCAACCCGGCCCACACCAUCAGCGCUGCUCUCUGCUACUCCACCCAGCUCGUCACCGUCCUGUCUCACAUCCUGGACGUCAACCUGCCCAAGAAACUCUGCAACAGUGAGUUCUGUGGAGAGAACCUCAGCCGGUACCGCUUCACCAGAGCCCUGAACAAACUCAACACCAACAUCCUCCACCUGUGCUUCUCCCAGGUCGGACUCACAGAGACUCAGAGACCCUCUAAUAUGAAGGCUAAACAAAAAGUGGACCUGGUUUCUCCUUCUGUGUGUCUUCAGCACGUGGACAGUGAGAAGCUCCACCCACAUCACACGCUGAGGAACAUCAUGUUUCUGGUUUCCCCCGACAACACCGACCUGGGCAGAACGGGUCCGUUUGAGGUGAGCGCCGACCUGGAGGAGUCGAUGGAGUUCGUGGAGCCGGAGGCCGCCGGUCCAGCAGAGGAGAGCGGAGACGAGGCGGUGACGGACGAGGAGACGGACCUGGGGACGGACUGGGAGACUGUGCCGAGUCCUCGGUUCUGUGACAUCCCAUCGCAGUCCAUGGAUCUUUCCCAGAGUGCAUUGCAAGUGUCCCAGCCCUCUGCUAACGCUGGAGGGAUGAUCUCGUCUGCUGCAGCCUCCGUCACCUCCUGGUUCAGAGCUUACACGGGCCAGCGCUGAGCGCCCGGAACCACGCCACCCGAACCGGGUCAGGUCUCCGACUUUGGACCGGGGUCAGAGGUCAUCGGCUGUACGAGGAUGUCGACAUGCAGUCCGACACUGAUGUCCUGUACGAGGUGUCCUCUACAGGAGCAGGUGGGUCGGACCGAAGAUGAAACGCAUGAGCGGAGUUAAAAUAUUUCUUUGUUGAGACGAGAAUGUUCGUGUUCUUCUUUCAAAGGAACAAAGUAUGUUUUAAAGUUUGUGUAUUAAAACAAUUUAAAAUAAAAUCCUGUUUUUUGGACACUUUU